AAAAGAAAAAAAAAGAAAAAGAGAAAGACAGAAAAGUGAGAGGAAACUGCAGUUUAAAUAAUGUAAUCAGGAAUACUGUAAAAUUAUAUUUUGUGUAAGUAACAUUGGCGAUUUAUACGUACAUACCUGGUAUAAGACUAUAUAAACAGAUAAUGGAGACUGUAAUUUAUGGUCAAUUCAAAGGAGUUUUACAGAUUAUUUUGAUUACACUUUUAUUUUUCUUUAUGGGUGGCGUUUAGAACCUAACUCUGGAAAGAUGUGACACCUUGGCUCUUUGCUCUUCUUUGCGUCCUAUCCUCUGUCAAUCCAACUGAUUUCACUCCAGAUCCAACUGUCUGACACCUUCCUUGACAUGCUCUUUGCCACCUUUUGGUUCAGGCCUUUGUUUCUUGCCUGGACAGAAGUGUUCUCCUUGGUCAGCUUUUGCUCAUUUUGGCCCAUUUCUUAGCCAAGCCCAACACCCUCAUCACACUCAGUCUCGGGCAUUCGCUCUUGUGAUGGUGCCUUCAAGUAUAUUACUGCAGCGUGGAAAGCCUUUCUGUCUUCCUCUGGGCAACUCUGACCCCUAGGCCAAGACUCAGUUCCAUCUUUGUCCAUCAGUGAAUCCUUUUUUCACCUUACCAGUCUGAGAAGUAUUGUCCAUUAAAUAAUCUGGAUCUCUUCGCCCACAAAGCCCAUCUCUGUCGGUACCUCAUCGGUUUCAGCAUUGCCUGUGCCAUAUUCCUGUGCCUUGUGCCUUUUCAGUCCCUUCUCUGCUUCCCCAAGGGGGAAAAAAAAAACCCACAGUAGAGGUCGGUUUUCAGUUCCUGCAUCUGGGCAGACUUCUUACCCUGCAGGGCUUUCCUCUGAAAUGCUUUUUCUCUUGUUCAAGUCUUCCACUUACCCCAUACGUAACCUGGUUAAUUCCUUCUAAGACUUCAGUUCUUUUGUUGUUUUUUGCUUUUGUUUUGACUUCAGUUCUUACGAAGUCACAUAGCCUAUAUUCUCUGUCUGGCCUGUUAUAAACUUUCUUGGCAUCAGGCACCCUUUUCUUUUGUAGCAUUUUUCACAGUUGUAGUGAUAAUAUUUGUGAGAUUGAUUAAUGUCCUUGUUCCCCAUUGGAUCGUAUAUAUUCUGUGAGUGCAGGACUAGUGUCUCUGUAGUCUCAGAACCUAGCACUAGCACUGUGCUUGGCAUUGGUGAAAUGAAUGAAGAAUAAAUGAGUGUCUUCCUGACCAAGUAAGCUCCAUUCAUGUCCAAGUACAGUGCAUGUCAACAUAUUAGGAUCGCUAUGUAAAUAUUUACUGUUGAAGAAAUGAACGAUGGAACACCAGCAACUGUACAUAACUCACCCAGGUUCUUCAUCUGAUUUUUUUGGGCUUUGGGGGACCAGCAUUAGUUGUGUAUUAGUAGUAUAGCUUGCAGCUAAGAGCACACGUGGUUUCUUACUUUCCCAACCUCAAGAAACACUGGAUGUGUGAAACCUAACGGUUUCAGGGAAGGCAGCCACAAUAAGCCAAGGUAUCAGGUGGAGAAGUAGAGGUAUCAACGCAGAACACUCUACCAAUUUGCUGAGAAGCCAGAAGUUAGCAGCUUGCCUCCGUACCUAACAUAACUGUGUAAAUUCAGACUUUUUGAGUUCUCGUGGAGUGCUAGCAAUAAACUCUUACCAUCCCAGGAGCCUUCCCAUUGGUGCGGAGUUUGGAGAUGGUGGAGAGCCCACUUCCCGGAUGGUUUCUAGGAUCUCACACAUUUUUACGGAGGCUCCUGCUUGGAAAUGCAGCUUGUCAACGGCUCAGACUGCGGCGUUCGCGCAGAUCUAGACACGGUGCCUGUCCAAGAACCGUGAAUGACACUUAUUUUUCUGUUUAAACGGAAACGCGGAGCCGCACGGGAGCGACUUCUUGCAGAAAUGAGCCGCCAGACUGCAACAGCAUUACCUACUGGAACCUCAAAGUGUACCCCGUCUCAGAGGGUGCCCGCCCUGACUGGCACAACCGCAUCCAACAAUGACUUGGCGAGUCUUUUUGAGUGUCCGGUCUGCUUUGACUAUGUGUUACCACCCAUUCUUCAGUGUCAGAGUGGCCAUCUUGUUUGUAGCAACUGUCGCCCAAAGCUCACAUGUUGUCCAACCUGCCGGGGCCCUUUGGGAUCCAUUCGCAACUUGGCUAUGGAGAAAGUGGCCAAUUCUGUACUUUUCCCUUGUAAAUAUGCCUCUUCUGGAUGUGAAAUAACUUUGCCACACACAGAAAAAGCAGACCACGAAGAGCUCUGUGAGUUUAGGCCUUAUUCAUGUCCGUGCCCUGGUGCUUCCUGUAAAUGGCAAGGCUCUUUGGAUGCUGUCAUGCCCCAUCUGAUGCAUCAGCAUAAGUCCAUUACGACCCUACAGGGAGAGGAUAUAGUUUUCCUUGCAACAGACAUUAACCUUCCUGGUGCUGUUGACUGGGUGAUGAUGCAGUCCUGUUUUGGCUUUCACUUCAUGUUAGUAUUGGAGAAACAGGAAAAGUAUGAUGGUCACCAGCAGUUCUUUGCAAUUGUACAGCUGAUAGGAACACGCAAGCAAGCUGAAAAUUUUGCUUAUCGACUUGAGCUAAAUGGUCAUAGGCGGCGAUUGACUUGGGAAGCGACUCCGCGCUCUAUUCAUGAGGGAAUUGCCACGGCCAUUAUGAAUAGUGACUGCCUAGUCUUUGACACCAGCAUUGCACAGCUUUUUGCAGAAAAUGGCAAUUUAGGCAUCAAUGUAACUAUUUCCAUGUGUUGAAAUGGCAAUCAAACAUUUUCUGGCCAGUGUUUAAAACCAUUGCAUUCAAUUUCACAGAGAAUAAGGCAGCCGUCUGCCUGUCAACCUGAAACUUUUGGUAGGUGGAAGCUAGACACAUGAAGGUAAAUAAAAGGAAAGGCUGUUAAAUACAGGAAACAGUUGCAUGUAGUAACACUAAUAUAUUUAAAAAUAAGUCAACAGUAAACCACUGAAAAAUAUAUAUAUAUAUACACCCAAAAUGGGCAUCUUUUGUAUUAAGAAAGGAAGCAUUGUAAAAUAAUUCUGAAUUUGUGUUGUAGAUUGUACUGUUGAAAAAUACUGGGUUUUUGUUUUGUGUGUGUGCCUGCGAAUUGGUGUGCGUGCGCGCGCGUGUGUAUGUGUGUGUGGGUUUUUUUUUUUUUUUCUUUUAACCGACAAGCCAUGUUGAGUGGUCUUGGACCACUGCUUUUCCCCUUUGUGAGUCAAUACAUAGUGCUGCUGUGUGUGUAUAUUUUUUUUGUGUGUAUUUGCUAAUUUUUAUUAAUUCUAGUUUUUCAUUAAAUAAAUUGGACUUUCUUUUCUGUAAUUCAAGUUUUUCCUCACUUUUUUUUGUACCUUUUUGAAGUUAGUGUCUUUUUGAUAUGCAUAAUUGUUUAUGGUAAAGUUUAUACAUUAUGUGUUCAAUACGUAUUUUCUUUUCCCCCAUUAAUCAGUUCAUUAGAAAUAUUUUACAUUCAAGUCUUUUGAGAAGAUACAAGUUCCAGAAAGGAAAGGUAACAGCAGAAGAAUUAUCAGAAGCUAUUUAAAGCAGCUGUAAGAUGGUCUCUGUUUCUGUCUGUCUCUCUCUCUCUUUCUCCAGUUGAGUCAUACCUUUAAACUUAUUCUUUGAAAGAUUAGGGAAUACUGAUUUUUUUUUUUAAUACUGAAAAAAAAAUCAGGCUUUUUUUUUUUCUUUCUUUGAAAUAUCUUGGACAAAUCACAUGUUUAAAAUUUGUUCUUGUAUUUAUUGGUUUUGCAGAAGAAGGCAUCGUCUUACACAGUAUUUGUAAUCAAAAGCAAAUCAUUUGUUUAAAAAAAGGCAGUUUGCAAAAAAUGUUUUUGGUCUUUUAUAAUUCUCAUUAAAAGAAUAUCUGGCAAAUUAAAAACUUUUAUGUGUCUGC